UCUCAAUUGAAUCAUGUCUGGACGCGGCAAAACCGGCGGCAAGGCUAGAGUCAAGGCUAAGACCCGAUCAUCCCGGGCCGGGCUACAGUUCCCGGUGGGUCGUGUCCACAGGCUGCUCCGCAAAGGCAACUACGGCGAGCGUAUCGGUGCCGGCGCUCCUGUCUACCUGGCGGCAGUGCUCGAGUACUUGACUGCUGAAAUCUUGGAGUUAGCCGGCAACGCAGCUCGCGACAAUAAGAAAACAAGGAUCAUCCCCCGCCAUUUGCAGCUCGCCGUCCGCAACGACGAGGAGCUCAACAAACUCCUUGGCGGAGUGACUAUUGCACAGGGCGGUGUCCUACCCAACAUCCAGGCUGUCCUUCUGCCAAAGAAGACCGAGAAGGCUGCCAAGAAGUAAGACUGUUGCCUGCAAGGAAGACCCCCACAACGGCUCUUUUAAGAGCCACCCACUUAUCCGUAAUGAGCUUGUUUCCAUCGAAGAGUAUUUUGAUAACAGUAUCUUAGUAAG